CUAAUAUUUGAAAAUGGAUACAUUUAGUACAGAAAUCAUUAGCCAAAGCUAUUCUAGUCUUUCCGGCCAUAACAAGUAUGAAUUUAAUAGAAUAGAUUAUUAUAGUAUUACUAAAAACAAUAGCAGCGAAGCCGAAGUAUUGAACGAAAAAUAUACGAAUUCCAAAAACGCAUCUAGUCCCACUAUCGGACAACUAAGUGCACAAGUUAUGAAUCUACCAUACAAUGAUUACGAAAAAGUUAAUACAGAAGAAGCAUUUGAAAGCUCUAAUAAAUUUUCCUUAAGAGAAUACGAUAUCUUAAAACGAAUAAAAGAAGCAUAUGACGCUUGUUCUUGCAAGAUUUGCAGGUGUCUUAUGGGGCCAACGAUAGCACCUCGUGACGAAUAUUGUGAUUGUGAACCUUGCAAAUGUCAAGACUGCACACUGAAUAACCUAAGGUUCAAUACUAUUAACGUACAGUCUCGUUCAGGAAAUGAGUUUCUCUAUAGAGAUAACGUAAAAGAAACAACUUGCGAUUGCACGCCUUGUCACUGUAUGGAAUGUAUUCAAAAUUGUAGUUUUAGAGGUAAACCUGUUAAAUGUGUUGGGAAUAACAUGGACGCAGCAAGGAAUGAGAUAAAGAAUUCAACUGCGAAAAUAAACAGUCUUCAAAAAAAAUAUCCAACGCAUGACAUACCUUUUGGAACCAAUAUACUUUUGGGUCGUCCUAUAACCACAAAUAAAGCUUAUUCAAAUAAGAAAUGUGCGUGCAGUAAAUGCGAAUGCAUCAUAUGCGAAUCCCAAGGAAAUGCUUUGACUUGUUAUUCGUCGUUGCGGUAUGGAGAUAUUAAACCAUUCCAAAAGUUAACAUGUCCUGAAUUCAGUAAAUGUGCAACGUGUAAAACUCAACAUACCUCAGAUUCAAUUGAUUAUACGAAUUGUGAAUGUGAUAUGUGUAAUUUUGCACAAUGUGUACGAAACUCUGAAGCUCAAAACGAUUUAUACAAACUAAAUCCGGAUAUCAAUCAUGGAGGCUCAAACAAACCCUCUAUAGAGCAAAAAAACCCAACAUAUAAAUGCAAUGAAUACGCACAUGAUAAAUUCAGACGUGGCAAUAUAUUUUACGUGAACAAUGUGAGAACAUACGAUCCAAAUAAGAUAAUAUUACGGCCGGAACAACCUAGAAUAAAAGAAAAUACAGUUGCCGGCUUACCUGUUCCUAAGGAUAGUAACCAAAAUUCAAAGAACAAUAUUAAGGAAAAUCAAAGGAAAUCGAUUCAGUUUGAUAAGUAUAAGACUGUGUUAACUGCUGUUAUCAAUACAAAUGCCCUUGCACCCAAAAACUCACUUAACAAUAUUUCAGCAGUUUUUUAUCCUCGUUUAAAUAAACUUGGAGAUUUUUUACCAAUGAAAAAUGUACACAAGACAAGUUCAUAUUCAUUUUCAUCGGGAUUCAGCUCUACACGGAUAAUCACAGAAUCGUCGGUAUUAUCAUAUCAAAACAAAGGAUGCAGCAAACGUACUAUUUCCUUACCUGAUACAAAUAUUUUUGACAAUCUUACGAAAAAUGGUUCAAAAUCCAAUAUUACUGAAGUUCGGAAAUAUGUUAUAUCUAAUUAUACGAAUCAGCAUAACAUUUACCAUUGCUCUAAUAUCGAAUCUGAUUUUAAUAAAAUCAAUAGUGUUGGUGUCAAGACUGUCAAGUUAGUACGUGAGCGACAACAUAAAUAUCCAAAUGAUAUCGAAAACAGAGUUGCUGGUGACGUCUUAUUUGAUCAUUUAAACCAAUUUUUUACAAAAAGAUGUAACGUUGAGCAAACUAAUACAGUCAAUUAUAAUAGUAUACAUAAAACAGUGCUAAAUACUAAGCAAUUUAGUAUUAAUUUGACUAAGAUUUUACAUAAGUACGAAAAAGCGAAUUUGGAAUUUAAAAGCGUUUCUAAAAAACUGAAAAAGUCGCUGUAUAUGAUUUUAAAUGGUUUGAGCAGUAGUAAAUGUGACUCUACUAUAAAGCAAACAGCGGUUAUUGAAGAAAAAAAUGGGGUAGCAAACGCGAGUACACAAAACGAUUCAGACUCAGACUACUCAGAGUGUUUUGAAAUUGUUAACCAAUCUAAGUUAAAAAAAUUAAAAGAAGCGAAUAAAUCACUUGAAGUAGAAAGGGCAAAAAACGUUAACAUUGAUAGACUGAAGAACUAUAAUACACAUUUAGAACAACAUGAACAAGUGUUAAAAGUAAUAACAAAAGUAAAAAAUGAAUCACAAGAUAAUAUAGAAAAAGAAUGCGAUAAAAGUGAUGAUACGAUCAAUAGAAAGAUUGUAAUUAAAAGCGCUCUUGUGGAUAAAUCACAAAUACACGGCAUUACAGAACAGGAACCUGUGGCUAGUGAGGUAAACUUUGUAAAUCCGAAGAAAAUACGUGAUAUUUUGAAACAAAACAUGAUGCUGGAUCUUUUUACAGAAUAA